AUGUCCCUUACAGAUAAUGCGUCUCCUAUCGGAGAGAUCUCGUCUCCAACCAUGUCCCGUUCUACUCGGCAGUCGCCACAGUUUGCCCGGCGAUUUGUUCCUCUCACACCCAUCAUCGCAUCCCCGUUGAGCACUCCCCCAGCGAGCAUGACAACCAACGUUACCUUCAGCCUGAACUCCGACAUAGAGGAUGAACGGGAUGGAAAAUUUGCGCACAGCGAGUCUGUUGCACGCGUAGAGAUGACUAUUCCGACUCCAACUUGGAUGUCCACACCUCCAACACCACCUCCAAAAUAUACCCAUAAAUCUUCAACCUCUGUAUCUUCGCGGCCGCAUUCGUCCUUCGUGACUGCCUCCACCUCUUUUCCGGACCCUGCGUUUUCCAGCGUAUCUAAAGAGUCCUCGGAGUUGACCUUGAGGCGUCGAGCGUCACUUCCUCCAAUGUCUGUUUCAAAAACUCUUACUGUCGUUCCUCCCGCACCACCGCCUUUGUCACUAACAACAAUACGAAACAAUUCCUCCAAACGGAGGACGAGAUCGCCCGGAAGUCCGCUACGUGUGAGUAUCAGUGAACGCAGUGAAGAACAACCGCAUCGAAGUGCGUUAUCUCAAGCAGCACUGCGGAAGAAACCAUUGUUUCACAUACCGCAGGAUAGCUCCUAUAUAGAGGAUGACGACAAGCUCGGGAAGUUGAACAGCUAUCGUAAGAAUCCUCCUGGAGGGGUGGAAUCCAGCCUGGAAGCUGCAAAUCACCCGCUUCAGGCGAAGGAGGAUCUCCUAGGAAAUAAGGACGACGUGAGAAAAUGUCAUGCACUCUCGGAGUUGCUCUCCACGGAAGUCGGAUACCUUUUUGAUCUUAAGAUUCUUGUUACUGUGUACCUUCGGCUCCUGCCCGGCUUGACGACUCGUCCACCACAUUCCCCCUCCGCUAGCCUUGGGAUGUCUCAUUUCUCCCGUUCCGCCUCUCCUGCUUUCAACCCACCUUCGUCGGACCCUGCUUUCCGCACACAAUCCCUUUACCACCUAUCAACCUCUAUACCAUUCUCUCCUUGCGAAAACAUCCCCCCGGUUGUCAGUGGCCCGCCAGCACUGGUCGCUGCAACAAAGGAAAAGUCUCUGAUUCGGCACGUGUUCUCUCCCGCUGACAUCGACUUGAUAACCCGGAAUGCAGAGGAGAUUCUUAAGUUCCAUGAACACCUAGUUUGUGAAUUAAGGGCACUCGUUUCGCCUCUCGGCUUUCCGAUGAUUCUUGAUGGGGCUAGUAGGGACGUGAUGGGAAUACAGAACACCCGGGGCCGCAAUGUGGAGACGUCACGCUCAGCACUUGAUGUGGUUGCCACGAAGCUCAUUGAACGAGCACCUGAAUUUCAUCUGUACCAAUCGUUCUGCUCUGGACAUCCUGAAGCAUUUGACCUUGUCCGAAAAGUCCAACAGGAGUUCCCAGCCGAAUGGGAGGCGUUUGAGCAGCGAUGUACCACCAUGACUGCUGAAAUGCGCAUCGAUGGCUCGCUCCACUCUACCACCGACAAAGAAGCCGAAGUUGAUGAUGCCGCAGACGAUUCUCUCAGUGAAAAUGAGCUGCUUGCGAGAAGGCGACGGCAUUCGCUUUCAUCAUUAGACGCACCCAGUCGUCAGCACAGUAUUUCACGCAUCAGCUCCAACGUCAAUCUCAAGACAUCUGUACUCAGUGCGUCUGAAAGCGGACACUCAGACCGGGGGCAGACUGGCAGAAAGUCGAAGCUCGUAUUCAUGGAUUACCUCAUCAAACCUGUUCAACGCAUCUGUCGCUACCCCUUACUCCUUGAUCAGCUCAUAGAUCAUCCACGAAGUGCAGGUGGCUCACGCGAGUCAAGCUCCGUGUCUAAUGCAGAAGGAAGAUCGCGCGACGUCGAGGUCAAUGUGGUACAAAGCGCGCUGAAUGCCAUGCGGGCAGUGGCUAGUUCCGUGGAUGAAGCACGGCACCAGCAGGAUCUAGCAAUCAAGUCCUCGCUCAUUACCUCACGGAUAUCGCAGGGACUAGCACUAGUACCGGCAUCUUACUCCAGACCUGCAUCGCAAAAUCUCUCUCUCGGUUUCCUGUCGUCCCUAGGCCCGUGUCAUCUCGCGGGAUCAUUGGAUGUAAUCCACUACCACAGCCUCAAUGCCAGUAGCAAUGGCACAAUUAAAGCCAAAUAUCUUGGGGCUUUCUUGUACCCUGGGGGUUACCUCGUUCUUGCCAAAGUUCAUAAAGUUAAGACGUAUGAGCCAAAACAUUGGUUUUCGUUAGCGGGGUUUGACCUGGUCGACUCGACGACCGACGAAGCCCUAUUACCAAGUUGGUUUCGCCUUUCUGGAAGAGGUCACAUCUUCGAGUUUGCAGCGUCUUGCCGCCGCGAGAAGGAUGUCUGGAAGGCUGCUAUUCACCAUGUUCUCGAACUUCCUAGCGCAUGGACGAGCGAACCGAUAUGCAGUUUUCGAGGCGACUCUAAAGGAGAUUUCGUGCUGUCGUUGCUAGAAGAUGCGCCGUACGAAGUGAUCAGCCCUUUGCCCACAAUCCAGUCCAUCCCCGAGCUGGAUAAUGAAGCAUCAUCUAGCAGAGACGAAAACCACUCGCUCUGUGUCCGUUCCGAUCCGCCGAAGUCGGGUCGGGCGUCUUACAAGGCCGACCAGUCUCAGAAAUCUGACUCCGGUCAUCAGCUUGGUCCUAGCCGUCGCUCGUCUACCAUAUCCAAUAGGACGUAUCUUAGUACGUUGUCAGAGUCUGAUACGAUCCACCUUGUACGCGCCACCGCCCCCGCACGUGAGCAAGUCGAUCGUGGACUUCUUGACGUGUUCUCGGAAAGCUGCCUCUCCGCUCGCUGCUAUGCGCAUACCCACGAAGAGGAGCUAUUUGAAGCAUCGAAGGUGUCACGGUCAUUCUCAAGGUCAAGCUCGGGAUUGACCAUGGCUGGCGCUAUGAGUGUCGCGGCAAAGAAUCGUUUGACCAAGCGGGAGAGUGUGCUUGUCCCUAGGAGAAAAAGCUACAUAGAUGGCUUUGGCGACGUCCCUGCUGUACCUUGCAUUCCAGCAGCCAAAUUGGCCAAACGCCGCCAACCAACAAAGCUCAAGAUUGUUGCCGUUUCAAGGGCUGCAUCUUUGGAUGGCGAUGAAGGGAAACUAGAGGUUCCCCCAGAGUCACCUUCCCCUAUGUCACAGUGUUCUUCUGUGUCUGUUUCUGCUCCAGGGUCACUCGCUGCCAGCCCUAUCGUCCCUGGGCCACUUUCCGUACCCGCCUCGGUGCUGUCAGGUGCGACUCCUCGAUCAGAGCCUGCAGCCCGGAAGGAAGCCUUUACGCCCAAGCGGAGCCGUUCCAUGGUCGAGAAUGUCCGAGUCCUGUUCUCGCGUUCCGCAUCGCCAAUGCUUCCCCUGUCAUAUCAACCAUCUGAAUCGAGCAGUGGAUCAACUACACCAAGCCUACUUAAGUGGUGGUCGAAAGGGACACUUCGUAGAAGGGUCCGAAGUGCGCCCGAUGCCCCACUCGAGGAGCUUCCCUCAGAUGCAACAACCAGAUCUCUUAAUAAUCCAAUUCCAAGCUUCCACCCUUCCUUGGCAUCCGCAGAUCGUCCAGUGUCUCAACCUGAUUUGAUGCGCUUAAGUCAGUUUCCACAAUCUGCUCCUGGUUCUGGUCCAUCUGCUGGGGAUUUUGGGGUUGGAACGUCAACUCCAGUGCGAUUGAGGACGUUGUUUGGAUCGCACAGUCUCCACCGCCGCUCGACCACUGCAGCCUCAGUUUCAUCAUCCCCAGGUAGCCAGGAGGGAGGAUUUACUCCACGGACUGUGCGCAUGCGCCGUAAUCUUUCAUUUUUGUCACGACUCACCCCCAUGACACCGGAUACUGGAUUGCAGAGUUCAUGA